ACGUGAGUCGGCGCAUCUGCAGCGGAGAUGGACGGAGCGACGGUCGGACGAGGGAUGGAGGCGGACGGCCCCCCCGAGCAGAGCAAGAGAUGUCCCAGGAGAAGAAAGUCACCAUCCCAGAACUCUUCCGCUCCCCCAGCUACCGCCAGGCCAUCAUCAUUGCCAUUGCCUUGCAACUCUCGCAGCAGCUCUCGGGCAUUAACGCGGUCUUCUACUAUUCCACAGGGAUCUUCAAAGAUGCCGGAGUCAAGCAACCAGUUUACGCCACCAUCGGGGCCGGCGUGGUCAAUACCGUCUUUACUGUGGUGUCGCUUUUCCUUGUGGAGUGGGCGGGGCGUCGGACCCUCCACCUGGUUGGCUUAGGAGGCAUGGCUGUCUGCGCAAUCAUCAUGACUGUGGCCCUGGCGCUGAAGAAUAUCAAGACUUGGAUCAGCUACAUCAGUAUUUUUGGCACUUUGGCCUUUGUGGCUUUCUUUGAAAUUGGACCCGGACCGAUCCCGUGGUUCAUUGUGUCUGAACUCUUCAGCCAGGGCCCUCGUCCUGCAGCCGUGGCGGUGGCUGGUUUCUGCAACUGGGCCUCCAACUUCCUGGUGGGCAUGCUCUUCCCCUACGCAGAGAAAGCAUGCGGGCCUUACGUUUUCCUGAUCUUCGUUGGCUUCCUCCUUUUCUUCUUCUUCUUCACCUUCUUCAAAGUCCCCGAGACAAAAGGCAGGACUUUUGAAGACAUCUCCAGUAUGUUUGAGAGGCAAAGCGUGAAUGGCCUGGCUCCAGCAACUGGCAACAAGGCCUCGAUGGUGGAACUAACGAGCAUUCAGCCUAAGGAAGAUGCCUAAUGCCCCCCAUCCUUGCUCGUCCCUUUGUACCCGUUGCUGUUUCUCCCCUGUGACUUCUGGUCCUGGUCACGGCUUCAGUGCUCCACCGGGACAAGAGGAAGGCGGCCUUCUCUCCCGCCGUGCUUCUUCCUGCCACAGACCUCUGGAGGACUGAGGAAUGGCUCCGAGCUCCUGGAAUGCUUGUUACGCUGUGUGGAGGCCGAACUGUUUUUGUGGUUGGUCGUUCAUGUCUUUGAGGCCAGUUCCUUGUCUGUCCGCGAGUUGACCGUCCCUUCCUCCUCGUGUCCCGCGGUGUUUUCUACAGGGUGAAGUGCAACACACUGGAGUUGACUUAAACAAGGGAGAGUUUUGCUCCACUUUGUCCAAUGGGGGUUUCCUUCUAUGAUUGGGAAAUUGAGAUCAUAACUACUUUUUUUAUUCACUAGACUUAAUUUAUUCCUUGUAUCGUUUUGCUGGAAAAUAUUUAUUUUUAUGCAACACUCCUCUGAGUUAUAAGGACUAGAAAGAAGCAUGACUUUUUUCUUUAAAAAAACAACUAAUCCCCUGUGAUGGGGGUGGGUGGGAUCCCAAAGAAACCGAGGUGAUGGUCUGGAGAGUGCCAGGGGGACCCCCCCCCCCAACAGAUAAUGCUGAGAAGCAGCCCCUCGUGGUUGCUUCAAGGGGGGGGGAGUUAAAGGCAUCGCGUGGGGAACACAAGCGGAGCCAGCCUGCUUGAGACCUGCUCUGCUCCCUGGAGGCGACCCAGGGAUGGGGGUCUGGCCCUCUGCCCAGGAGGACUUGCCUGGGGCACCUGGGGGGCUCCUGGACGGGGCCUGAGGGGUGGCAGUGGCCAUGGCUGGGCUGCCUUCGGGGACCUCGGAGGGCAUCUUAAAGGGGCAGAGCUUUAACGGUGCAGCUGCCAUCUUGAAUCCCCCUCCCCUCCCCCCACCGAGGCAUCCCUGGAGUAGCCAUUUGUCUUAUAAAGAAGGCAACACAGAGUAAUUUUUAAUCCCCCAGACGCUUUUGACCCCCUGGUUCUGGUGAAUGAUUUAAUUUCCUCCUUUAUAUGAUAUGAUUACAUGAAAAAAAAAAUAUCAGAUGUUGUUUGCUUGAGAGUAUUUUUGCAAUCUUUUGUUGUUAGAUGAAACAGAAGUGAAAAUUUGAGGAUGAAGAAUAGGCAGCUAAGAUUUCAGAUGAAGGAAUUUAAGAGACCAAAGCUACCAAAUAAAAGAAGAAAACUAGUUUUUUCCCCCUGAUCUAUUUAUUUAUUGAAAAGAAUGUAAAUAGUUAUGGCCUAGCUUUAUGGUAUAUAUUUAUAUAAUGCAAAGAGGCUUCGCUGGUUGCUGUUUCUGGGGCCAGGGGGUGAAGGCUGGAAUUAGGAGCUCCCAGGGGGGUGCAAACCUCCCUCGCUGGAGUGAACGGACCCUUCCUGCCCCCCCCCACUCCCCCAGACCCUGCCAGGUGCUCCCUUCUCUAGGAGGCUCCCUGAAGUCCUGGCCAGAGAAGGGUCAGUCGCCCCCAGCGACAUCUCCCUCUGCUUGGAGGGAUGCUGGGCAGCCGCCUGGCUGGGAGAGGGAGGCUGGAGGGAGACUGCGCAAAAGUUGUGAUCUGCCUGGAUGCGUCUGUGUGUGUG